AUGAGCGUGGUCGUAGAGGAUAUCGCAUUACCAGACGCGACUCUCGAGUCUCUAUACCCCAUCUUCCAACAAUGCGAUGACCGUCCCACUAAGCGGCACAAGACUACUAAAGGGGGCGCAAGGAGUCUUACAAAAGAAAAUGGAGUAACAGCGACGGGAAUCCCUCUGGGCUACAUUCCAUUAGCACGGUUGACAAUGCGCAUAAAGCCCUCGAAUACGAGCACACCCCAAUUAAAAAGGCCGUACGACCAAAAUCUCUCCACCUCCCGCGUUCCUAUACUCCUAGAUGUUCGAAGCGUUCAUUUUCUCGACGACGAUCUGAACAACACACAACCAGACCCAGCCAAUGGCGACCCCAAUCGUAUGGAACUGGAAAUAUCUAGUCUCGACAAAGAAGAGUUGCUGAUAUAUCCAUGCGAGGAUAUGCGGCUGUUUGAUCUCCUUGGGCAACUUCAGGUCGCGAGUAAACUUCCUCACGUGGACCAGUUCUCCAAUAAUGUGCCAACAGCCUGCUACCAAGCGCACCUGUGUGCCUUGCCAGAUGGAGCAACUUUUACUCUCGAGACGGUUGUUCUUUGGAGCGAUUCUAUCGAGACCCCAGAUUUGAACCGUUUGACGGAUGCAGACCUGGAAGUUUUUACGAGAUAUGUGCUGCAGGAAAAAUGUGUUCGCCCAUCGGGAUUGACCAAACCACGUGAAUAUCGUGAUAAAAUGCUGGGAACCCCCAAGAAUGGUCUCCCCGAGAUUUCUACAAAAAUGUUCACGUUCCCAAACUCACAGACAGUUCAACGAAUAUCAAAUGCCCCGAUUUAA